UUGGCAGCAUGGCCGAACAACUUGUCGAUCUGCAGCUUGAUCGAAGCUUGAUUGAUUCAUGUUUUAAUGGUUAUAAGCUGUCACUGGAUCCACUACCCAUCUAUAAGUCGACACUUCUCGAAGAACCUGAUGUCGCCAAGCUUUCAGAAGACCAGCAUUCUUAUCAGCACAUUCGAGCGUUUGGAUUGACCAAUCACAUCAUCCCUGACCCAUGGAACACAGAUAGUGUUUAUAUUGUUGACAAGACGUGGAAUGUCCUUAAAAUUAUGGUUACUCUGACGUCCCCUGACCAGGGCAAGUCAGUGUUUGAGAUUCCUCAGGGUGGUGAUGUCCAGCAGAUUGCUGGCAGACAUAACGUAUCACUGCAUUUCCCUGCCCAAGACCAGGCCGUGCUGGCGGAUGGUGGAGGGAAACUCUACAUCAUGGAGACUGGGCCUAGAACAAUGGAUAACUGUAAAGCCUGGACUGUAUCCCAUGUGUGCGAACCGUUGGAGGAUAAGCAAAAAUUCAUCCUGCUUCAUUCAACGUUCCGCUCAGACGAGGAGAACAGAAAGAUAGAUUGUCUGUUACUUCAUGUCGAACCAACAGCUGAGAUGAGGAAGGGGGAUAACUCUGCACCAUUUGAAACUCUCCUGGAAUGGGUGACUUUCAUUACAGAUGCUUGUGGAGAGUGGAUGUUGUCUCGCACCCGAAGCCUUGUUAGCUCUCGUUGCCCAGAAUAUGCAGCUGUAGACACGAGCAGCAAUGCUCUGCUCAUCUGUAACCAGAAGCCCUUCCGCAUGAUCUACGACUCUGUGAUACCCGUUAACCAACCUGAGGCAGAGGAGGAGACAGCCACUGAUGACUCCAGCCCACAAUACACCUGGAGUCAGACAGAUGAUGAAGUCACAGUGCUGUUCACAGUCCCCAUUGAGGUGUCCAAGGCUGACAUAUACCUGUCACUACACCCUCAGCAGAUAGAGUUUGGGGUGAAGAAUACUCGGGUGUUGUUACAGGGAGCCCUUCAGGAGUGUGUGGACCUAGACAGCUCCACCUGGACAAUAGACAAUGGCCGAAUAACACUGAGCCUCAGUAAGGCAGAGGAAAAGACAUGGCAGGUGGUUGUACUCGGUGACUCGCACGGGGAGAUGGUGGUCAGUCCAGAGCAGGUCGAGGCCAUCCACAGCCAGCUGGCUCAUCUCACAUCUGAGGAAUGGAACCCAGACCCGAGCCUGAGGGAGAACAGGCCGUACAACAGUCAGGAGCUAGAGGAGUGUGAUCAGUACACAGAUGACACAGCCAUACUACAGCGGAUAGAUGGAGACACGCACACCGUCACACAUCAGGCAAAUAUCAGCAGUCAUCAGUGGUUAUUCACAGCCCAGCUCCAGACUGACAUGCUCCCAGCAUUCUGUCUACGACAUGAUGUGGAUGGGAUUCUCUGGCAACCUCUCUCCAAGGGAGGCAACUCUGGAAACAUUGUCAAGCAUCAAGCCACCUUCAACGCCUUCGGUUAUGUGCAGGCGUCCAAGCAGCAGAAACGGUUCUGUACAGCACCGCCUAAUGCCUCAUACGCAGCAAUCCUUGACUGUGUCCGACAUGUGUACAUUUACAGGCAGCCAGAGGCAAUAUCUUCACCAAUUAGAAACAGGAAAACUGGACAGCAGGUCAAAGCUGUUGCUAAGCAACAGCUGGUGGCAUUGGAGACCACCAAGGACAUCUUGGGCGUACAUGCAACAAAUGACAGGCUGUAUGUUCUUGCUGGAAAAACAUUCCAUGUCAUCAAGGUGAACUGAUUAUCCACAAAAACUGCUUAAAAACUGUAUAUGCCAAGCAUAUACAUACACUUAAAUAAAUUUAAAUCAUGUAUAUAAAUAUACAAAUUUACCACAGAAUAAAUGUCUUAUAUUAAAUCUAUUUUUCUGAACGAAUCCCAUCAAUGAUUUCCUCUUGAAGAAUAUGUGAUAUUUUAGCUGGCUGGUAGUUAGUUGCAGGUGCCUCUGUAUAAUAUCUCUAUCCUUGUUCCUCCCGGCACAGUUUUAGGUUGAAUGUCUACGAUAAAAAAAUGUCAAGUCAUAUGAUAGCAGACUGCUUAACCUGCUAAUUGAGUGGUUGAUGUCAGUGACUGACCUCCUUCUUGGAACAAUGGCGAUUGAAGAAGUUAGCUAUGGGCUGGUACUUAAUGUAUCUUGUUGUGUAUGUAAAAAGUUGUGGUACUUAAUGUAUCUUGUUGUGUAUGUAAAAAGUUGUGGUACUUAAUGUAUCUUGUUGUGUAUCUUGUUGUGUAUGUAAAAAGUUGUGGUACUUAAUGUAUCUUGUGUAUGUAAAAAGUUGUACUUAAUGUAUCUUGUUGUGUAUGUAAAAAGUUGUGGUACUUAAUGUAUCUUGUUGUGUAUGUAAAAAGUUGUGGUACUUAAUGUAUCUUGUUGUGUAUGUAAAAAGUUGUGGUACUUAAUGUAUCUUGUUGUGUAUGUAAAAAGCGUAUGUAAUCAUGUAUAUGUAAAUCAUAAAGCCGCUGAUAUAAGUUCCUCACAAUAGUUGAUUCAGGGAACACCACACUAAUUGUUUUCUUUGGUAGCUUUCGGUCUGACAUCACUCUAUGUUUUUGGUAUCUUUUUGACAAGAACUUCCAUCAUUGGAGCGUCCGUCUAUAAGCCGGGACACCUAGGAUCAAACGU